AGUCGGAUUUUUCUAUACACAGUACACACAUUUAAAAAAAUUGUUUAACAGGAUAGUAAUUGUUUCCCAUAUUCAAUAUAUUAAAUUUUUUUUUUGGUUAAGAGACAGAAACUUAUGUAACAAUGAUGUCUUCCAAAUCCGGCCAAAUGGGUUCAAACGACAGCAACCUUCACUCUACGGAUAGCGACUGUGCCUUGCAACUGAAACCCGCACCGAAGCUCGUUUGCAUUCCACAGCAGCUUCAUCGACACCGCCUAUUCACCUCGGAUAUCAGCAUCAACCAGCGUCCCAGGGAAUACGAAGUUCUUGACAAGUCUUGGUCGGUUCUAUACUUCGGGGCGCUCAAGGAUAAGAACUCGAAGUAGCGCUGCGCUGGAUGACCCUUCUGGUACCGUCUGGCACCCUGAUAGACCCUCGCUGAAGAAUUUUCAAUAAAAUUGAUUAAAAG